AUGCGCACCAUUCACAGUCUUUUGUUGGCGCUGGCCAGCUUGGCAGUCCUUGUGAUGGCCGAGGGAAACGUUCUUUUCCCGUACAUGUACGGGCUGAAAUAUACCGAGUACGACGAGGCAAAGAAGCUCGGUCUAACGCGUACUCCGAAAGCGUAUGCCUGCAAGUCUGAAGACGAAUGGAACAAGAUGACCACGGCCGACUUCGCCAAGUACAAGUCUAUUAUUGUCCCGGACUGCCUUUGCAACACGAGCCUGGACACGAUCAAGUUCCUGGACAAUACCAAGAAGGUCUGGUCGCCUGCCGUCACGGGCAACAUGGUGCUCAUCGGGACGGACCCCUCUUACCAUUCCAAGUGGUACAAGCUCGCCGGUGCGUCGGCUAUGAUCCGGGAUUCCAUCAGCCUUGCUUCCACGGGCAAGAAUGGCACCGGCAUGUACUUUUCGCUGUCAUGCUACUACCAGAGCAACGCAGCUCCGACCACCAUCGAGGCUCUGUCGGAGAUAGGCGUCUUUAAAGUCCGGGGCAACUUGACAUGUCUGAACAAGGUGCACAUCGUCGCCACGGACGAUUCGAUGACGUCCCUUACCGAUGAGAUGGCGAGCAACUGGAACUGCAGUGCUCACGAGGUGUUUGCAGAGUACCCUACCGAAGGGAAUGGCGCCUUUGAGCCCUUGGCGAUCGCGCUCAACACGACUGGCCUGGGGCAGCGGACCUUUGCAGACGGCACGCAUGGAACACCGUACAUCAUUGCUCGCGGCGCAACACCACUUGGCUGCGGCAACAAUGUCACCGAGGCAGAGUACAACGAGGAGUGUGAUUAUGGCAAGGCCGUCAACGGGAUGCCAGAUAGCCUCUGCUCGUCAUCUUGCAAAUGCCUGUUUGGGAUGAUAUCGCCUGGUUUGUGUCGCAAAAACACCACGUCUAGUUCAUCGACGUCGAUAUCGAGCAGCAGCACCACCUUCCACAACACCAGCAUGCUCUACACCAACACCUCCUCCCCGCAAACCAAAACCAGAAAACCACCCGUGACCAUCACAGUCUGGCCUUCUAGACCCCCAUGGGUUUCUUCCUCAAGCCAAGCCCCAACUCCAAGCACUGCAUCAUCCAACACCACCAGGAGCGACCCCGAUACGCCAACCGUCAUCGUUACCGCCUCCUGGCCCCCAUCACCAAGCUCGGAUGUCGCCACGGACGCGGAGCCGGGCACAGUCAUCAUCACCGCCUCUAACGAUCCCGGCUCAGGGUCGCCGUCAUUUACCACCUCGACAACACCCGCCCCAUCCAGCUCACCGAGCAACUCUGAUGACUCCAGUGGCUCCCCAGAGACAGUUGUCGUCACCGCCUCGAAUAAUGCCACUGAAUCUGAACCUGGGACGGUGACGGUUUUGCCUCCCUCGGAAACACCAACAGGGUCGAUGGGAGGUACAUCAUCUGUCUCUUACCCAACAGUAACAGUAACAGCCGGCGGUCCGGACAGUGGGGGGCAAGUCUCCUCCUCAGCUUCAGGCUCUGAUACCCCCCCAGUGACGGUCACGGCUACGGCCGAAGUGCCAGGAGUGCCUGCUGAUGGGCAGAUUCCGACGCUUUCGGACACGACGUCUUAUCCGCCGGGGACUGAUGAGCCGAGUUGGUCUUUGACGACGACGACGACGACGACGGGGAGCGAACCGCAGGUUACAUUGACUGUGAGGCCUUCUGGGGAGUCGGAGUCCGGUGGUGCAAGUGGGUCUGAGACGGGGACUAUGGGAGGUUCUUCAUCACUGGGAUUGGAUUCAUCCAUGACUGGUUCCGGAACAAUGUCUGGCUCGGGGAAGCCAACCGUGACUGUGUACCCAAGUGGUCAGACUUCUGGCGGGGGAGAUGGGAAUGGGCCGGGGGCUAGCUCUGCACCGGGGGUCAGCUCUACACCGGGGCUUAGCUCCGCACCGGGAAGUUCGUCUUCGGGUGGGGAUGUAUCUGGGACGGCGUCGGGAAAGUCACAGUCGACGGUUACUGUUUAUCCCUCUGGUCAGAGUUCUGGCGCUGGGGAUGGUGAUAGCCCGGGGGUUAGUCCAGCACCAACAACUGCUUUAAGCUCAUCUCGAUCAACGGUUACCGUCUAUCCUUCUGGUCAGCCUUCAGGUGGCGGAGGUGCUGGAAACGGACCAAGUGCCAGUUCGGCAUCUGAAAGUGCCUCAGGCCCGUCUCGAUCAACAGUAACGGUGUAUCCUUCUGGUUCGUCCUCGGGCGGAGGAGAUUCUGGCAAUGGACCGGGUAUCAGCGAGACAGGAUCUACCAAGACCAUGACGGUUGGUGAAAGCUCCGUGACAGCGCCCGGAGCUCCUGAUUCUUCGAGCUCAACGAACAGAGGGUUGGGGAGUACGAGCUACAUAAGUGGCAGCCUGACAAACACCGCCACGGGAGGGGGUGGUAUGGGGACCGCAAGCGGGACGUCUGCGGUGUCUUCAGAGACGGGUGCUUCCGAUCCUUUGAGUGGGAGCUCGACUGGCGGCACUGGGUCGGCAACCGGGUCGGCAACUGGGUCUCCCGGAACUUCUGGCUCUGGUGGUCCUGCCUCAUCUGACUCGGCUACAAGCGGUGCCUCUGGCUCUGGCACCCCGGGUUCACCAAGCUCUUCCGGUUCACCAAGCUCCUCCACUGCAUCAAACCCCCCCAGUCUAACAGGUUCAAUCACGACAUCAACACUAUCCGCCACACCCAGCACCCAGUCCAGCAGCGUUUCCACCUCUGGAACAGCCUCAGCCCCAUCAUCAAACCAACCCUCUGAACACCUCUCCACCCUCACCCGCCCCAUCUGCGCCACGCCAACCCCCUCCCAACCAUGCUACCCCUGCAUCUUCGGCACACCCUCCGCUUCAGAUGACAACUUCACCGUGACAGUGACGUCCUGCCCGGCGAACCCAAAGACUACGGUCACGGUCACGGCGCAGAUGUGUAGCACUUGUACUGUGACUACGUGGGUGGGGACCGUGCCGGGGCAUACUCCUGGGGGGGAGUGUCACGGCUGCUUGCCUCAUGCUAGUUCGACGGUGACGGAGACGGCUGCUGUCGAGACUGCUACCGAGGUGGUGACGGUGGGGAGUGUGGUGUCUGACCCAGCUGCUACCGGUUCUUCUGCUAUCGGUGGUGGUGGUGGUGGUGGUGGUGGAGAGGGUUACGGUCCGCCACCCCCGGCAUCAGUCCCUCGCCCGGUGGCCACCGCCAGCUCUGUCGCUGCUGGUGGUUACGGUCCUCCCCCGCUGCCGGAUGUUCCUGUUGAUGGGGCGACAGCGAGCGAUUAUGCCCCGUACAAACCCUCGUCGACCAGCUCUGUGGUUACUGCUGCUGGGGUUGGAAGGAGGGGCCACAGUGCUGUUACGGGUGUGCUUGCUGGGCUGUUGGGGGCGGUCAUGGUCAUGUAA